GAGGCCGCCGCCAUCUUGGGGAGGUCGGGCCGCGGGAGAACUGUGUGGAGGGAGAGGCGGCCGCGCCAUCCCGGGACACCGGCCCGGCCUCGGGACACCGGCCCGGCCUCGGGACAGACGGCCACGGUUUGGCCCGGCCCGGGGGGUGCGGGACUGCGACCGGCACACAGCCCCGCGCCUGCGGCAGCGGACACGCCGCCUCCCGCCAUCCCUUCCGGGUGAGGCGGUGACCCCCGCCCCCUGAGCCCGCCGCUUCCUUUCCGCGGCGGCCGCCGGAGCAGACGGGCAGAAAUGGCUCCUCGUAAGGGCAAGGAGAAGAAGGAAGAGCAGGUCAUCAGCUUGGGACCCCAGGUUGCUGAAGGAGAGAAUGUGUUUGGGGUCUGCCACAUCUUUGCCUCCUUCAAUGACACUUUUGUCCACGUGACUGAUCUGUCUGGCAAGGAAACCAUCUGCCGCGUGACCGGUGGCAUGAAGGUGAAGGCAGACAGAGAUGAGUCCUCUCCCUACGCAGCCAUGCUGGCAGCCCAGGACGUUGCCCAGAGGUGCAAGGAGCUGGGCAUCACUGCCCUGCACAUCAAGCUGCGUGCAACUGGGGGCAACAGGACCAAGACUCCUGGACCUGGUGCCCAGUCAGCCCUGAGAGCUCUGGCCCGCUCCGGAAUGAAGAUCGGCCGCAUUGAGGAUGUCACCCCCAUCCCCUCCGACAGCACUCGCAGGAAGGGUGGUCGCCGUGGACGUCGUCUGUAACCAGUGCAGCACCUUCUGUUAUUAAAGCUCUCUUAAACCUC